AACAAUUCACGUGUGCAUUCAGAACUGAGAUAGUGGGGAAGGUUGCCCCUUCCCAACCUUGUCUGCGACCUUUCGAAACCGCAUUCGACUCUCAGGAUGCUCGGGCUCUUGGAGAACGUCUUGCCUUUGCUCCUCGGGCUAUUCGAACUUUGGAUGUGCCCGCUGACUAAAGUCGAAGAGUCAUUCAACCUCCAAGCGUGUCAUGAUAUCUUAUUCCAUGGCUCGAACUUGGACCGAUACGACCACCACCAAUUUCCCGGCGUGGUUCCGCGAACUUUCUUAGGACCACUUUUGGUUUCAACGCUCUCGUAUCCAUUGGCCAAAUUGGCCAUGAUUUUCCCAUUUGCAUUCGACAAGUUUGCCUGCCAACUCAUUGUUCGAGGGGUGCUAAGCCUGUUAGUGCUUUUGAGUCUUCAACGCUUUCGGAGGGCCGUCAGCCACAUUUUUGGCCGCCAGGUGGGCGUGUUCCACUCGUUGCUCACGAUUACCCAGUUCCACUUCAUGUUCUACUCGAGUCGAACGCUGCCCAACACGUUUGCCUUGAUUUUUGUCCUACAAGCCUUGGCCGCUUGGUUGAACAAGCGCCAGUUCCAGUUCAUCGCCUUCUCCGCAAUCGCUGUGCUUAUUUUCCGCGGGGAAGUCGUUCUCUUCCUAGGCUUGUAUGUGCUUAUGGACGUGGCCUUUGGCAAGAUCUCCAUACUUCGUUUAAUUGCUUAUGGCGUGCCGUGCUUGGUAGGUUGUCUGGCUUUGACAGUGGGCGUGGAUUCUUUCUUCUGGCAACGCACGCUUUGGCCGGAGGGCGAGGUUCUCUACUACAAUAUUAUCUUGAAUAAGAGUCACAAUUGGGGAACAUUGCCGUGGGCGUGGUACUUCUAUUCUGCCAUUCCUCGCGCCUUAUGCUGCACCGUACCUCUCGUGCCCUUGGGACUCCGGUUGGAUGCUCGUACCAUUCGAAUCCUGUUUCCUGCCUUGGGAUUUGUGAUCCUCUACUCGUUUCUGCCUCACAAGGAGCUCCGAUUCAUCAUUUACACAUUUCCCGUCUUGAAUGUGGCGGCAGCCGUGGCUUGCCAACGGAUUUGGCGAAACAUGUCUCGAUCCUGGAUCUGGAAAGUCCUGGCAUUGGCGGUUUUCGGCCAUUUCGUGGCCAAUGCGGCUUUCUCAACACUAAUGUUGCAAGUGUCGCAAUCAAACUAUCCUGGCGGUCAAGCGUUGAGAUUGAUGCAGUCCAUUGUGCCCCCUCACCAAGAUUUAGCGGUUCAUAUGGAUGUGUUUUCGUGUCAAACGGGAAUCUCCCGAUUCUUGCAAGGUCACGAUGAGCAUUGGGUUUAUAGUAAGACGGAAAAUGUAACGGAGGCCGAUUUGGCCCAAUUCAGUUUCUUAAUUCGCGAAGUGAACGAGUGCUCGUCGCGAUUACUGGCGUCUUUCAAGAUCAUUGGAACAGUUCAACAAUACGACGGAAUCAGCUUGAAUUAUCAGACCUGGCCUCCUAUUCAUAUCAAGCAAAAACCUGCCGUAUAUUUAUUAGAGCGACAAUAACCAAGUGAUAAAUACAAUAACACAGACCUCCAACAAUGUAAAAAAAAGCGAUCCUUAUUGUCUACCUAAAAAGCAUUCGCUCGUGUCGGUAAUCUGCGCGAAGUUGAAUCCACCCUUCGAUGAUGGUCUUGUCCAAAGAGGCCAAUUGAUCCCCUUCAAUGGCAUCGAGGAGAUUCUCGGGCGGUAGAAUCAAUAGGUUACACAUGGCGUGCAAGAUAUCAAAAAGAGCAUUCACCGUGCCCACCUUGAAUUGGGCGGCACAUCUGCGGUACUCUUGUACAUCGCAAAUCACGACCAUGGCUCCGGAGCUGUUGAACUGAAAUUGGGUUAAAUGCUCAUACACCACUCGGUGGAGCCUCGUGCCCAAUUCCAUAAGAACGGACUCGAUGUUUUUGCCAUCCAAUGUGUCUCGGAUCUUAGUGGUUUGGUGGUUGAUGAACUUGAUCGCCCGGAGGCAAGCCGGCGAUGUGGUGGCCAACUCCGUCUCAUUGGGCGCGGGAUUGAAAUCGGACUUGCGUUGCUCUUGUUGGAGAAUCGUCUUGACCCAGCCCACAAUCGAGCUUAGACUCCGAUCUAAGCCUACAUCCAAUUUGGCCUCGAUCUUUCGCAGCUCCGCCCGCUUCAAAUCGAUACAAUCCUGGUGUUUGGACGUAUUCUCCACCAAGGGGAUCACACUAUCGCUCAACUGCUUUUCCAACAAGUGAAUCAUGGUGUUGGUUUGACCGAUCACGUCGAAGAAAUAGAGCUCGGGAAUGGUCUUGACUUCUGGCAUGGGGAUCCCUUGGACUCCCAAUUCGACGGCGUAGUCGAUAUGCUCAUGGAGUAAGUAACUUAUGAGGAUACCCAAGAUCUCGAGGGCAUUCGAGGACAAGUCUCCCUCGUUCGAAAGGCUCUUGCACCGUUUGAAGGCGGAUUUCGUCAGUUGAAGAAUGUUAAUGGCCACCUCUUCACUGAGAAACGUUUCCCCACCAUAUGAGACGGAUGUGUCCAGGUUGAUGUUGGCCUUGCUGGCAAUCAAGCCUUGAAUAUCCCGUUUCAAGUCGUUGAGUUUUUCUGUUCCCGUGGACAAUUGCUUCUUCUGAUGGCCUAAGCUCUGGUAAUACCGCUGGAGGAUGAUGGUGCAUUUCUCAUUCAGAUAUCGGACCUCGUUGGUGAUGUAAGAAGCCAAGUAGGUUUGAAAGAUUUUCUUGGUCAAGUUGCU